AUGGGACCCGCAGGCCGGCUGUCCGUGGCGGCCGCUCUCCUCUCCUGCCUAUGUUUACAUGGGCUGUUGGGGAAUUCCGGGCAGGCAUUUGCUCAGGGCCCGCCGGUGCUCCACCGGAUCGACCACGCGGAGGAAGAUGACGACAGCGGCGGCCUCAUGCCGGAGCUCUCGCCCACCGGCUCCCCCCAGCCCUUCGUCCCCUUCCUCGCGCCUGCCCCUCUCGCGCCCUUCUACAACAACUCUACGCCCAAGUUGUCAGGCAAAUGCUCACUGAACUUCACUGCCAUCAAUGGCCUGAUGACCACCACGGCCGUCGAUUGCUUCGCCUCAUUCGCUCCGUUCCUCGCCAAUGUCAUCUGCUGUCCCCAGCUCCAGGCCACUCUCACCAUCCUCAUAGGACAGUCCAGCAAGCAGACGGGGUCCCUCGCUUUGGAUCCCACUCUUGCCAACUACUGUCUCUCUGACGUCCAGCAGCUGCUCAUGAGCCAGGGCGCGAGUGAUGAUCUCCGCAGCAUUUGCUCCGUCCACCUCUCCAAUGCCACCGAGGGGUCGUGCCCCGUUAGCACCGUUGAUGCGUUUGAGAGCGUCGUCGACUCAUCAAAGCUCCUCGAGGCCUGCCGGAAGGUCGAUCCUGUUAACGAGUGCUGCAGCCAGACAUGCCAGAGUGCUAUAAGUGAUGCUGCCCGCAAAAUCUCUUCCAAGGACGCUGCGUUGACAAGCGACACUGCCAGUCCCAAAGUUGACAGUUGCAGGAACGUUGUACUUAGAUGGUUAUCCAGCAGGCUUGAGCCAUCAUCCGCAACCAAAAUGCUCAGGCAGAUAUCAAACUGUAAUGUCAAUGGAGUUUGCCCACUAAGCUUCCCAGACACAAGUAAGGUUGCAAAGGAGUGUGGUGGUACAGUUAAAAACAUUACUGUAUGCUGCAAGGCGAUGGACAGUUACGUAUCUCACUUGCAAAAGCAAAGUUUCAUAACAAAUUUGCAAGCUUUGAAUUGUGCCUCAGUCCUUGGGGCAAAAUUACAAGAUAUGAAGGUCAGCACAAAUGUUUAUAGCUCAUGCCAAGUAACAUUGAAGGAUUUCUCACUUCAAGUUGGAUCUCAAGAAUCUGGAUGCCUUCUUCCAAGUAUGCCCUCUGAUGCAUCAUUUGACCCUUCUUCUGGGAUUAGUUUCACAUGUGAUCUGAAUGAUAACAUAGCUGCCCCAUGGUCGCCUUCUUUGCAAGCAUCGGCUUCGACAUGCAAUAAAUCGGCUGCUCCUGGACCUAUAAUCCCAGAGAGGCCUGCAGCAACAUCGGCGCAAAACGGUGUCAACCACAACAGACUGGAGCUUAGCCUAGCCGUCUGCUUUGGCGCCCUUGUGGCCACUAUUUUACUGCAAGUCUAG